AUGGCCCUUAGCGACCAUUCUCUACUCGACACGGUAGUCCGGGACGAGAUAGAACAUCCACUGCCCCAGAAAACUUCCGAUGAUCGAACAAUAUACCUUUCGCGCAAUAACUCCGGCUUCCAAGUCGAUAGCCUAGGCAGACCAGUGAUCACAGAUUUUGGGCUUGCGGUUUAUGGAGACAAGGGCCCUUAUAAUCAUCCUAUUCAGCCAAAUGGUUUUCGAGCCCCGGAGGUGAUCAUUGGGGCCACUUGGGACUACAGUGUGGAUAUCUGGAACCUGGGCGCAUUGAUCUGGGAACUACUUUGCGGGACCGGUCCUUUCGAUUAUUCAACAUCCUCGGGCUCGUCCUACCGCGAGGAAAAGCACCUCGCGUCCAUUAUUUCCUUGAUCGGGCCUCCGCCAGAAGAUAUGCUCAAGCGAGGAAGUCAAAGUCCACGAUAUUUCGAUACCGAUGGGCUCUUUAGGUUCCCCAAUCUCGUGCCUUCGGAACGGGGUCUUGAGCAAAGUCUCACGGUCAUUGAAGGGGACGAGAAGCAAAUGUUUUUGAAUUUUAUUUCGAGACUGCUGCAAUGGCGCCCAGAGGAUCGAGCAACCGCAGAGGAACUACUCUCCGAUCCCUGGCUUGAGGGAUAA